AUGCCGUACGACCUCCCACACAAGUCACGAUCAAACCAGUCCAUGUCCAUGGGUUACCAGAAGGGCAAGAACAGGAGUCGCCUGCCAGCUGAACCUCCGGUCACUCGUCCUGUACCGUUCCACCCUGUGCAGUCAUCUGACACGGAGACACAGCCUCCAAAGCAACAGCCACGCUGCUACUCCGCCGAAAGCAGGAGGAACCCAAGCCGAUACAGUGCUAUGGUCUUCUCAUCCUACCAACUCUUCUAUAUAUAUGCAUCUUUGAAUAAUCUGCAGCCGCGAGCCUGCUACAGCCGCGAACAACACCUUCUCACAGACGAACUCAUCAUCACCGCGGAGAGAGCCUGCAUAGGCCCCUUCGUCACUUCCAUGGACCCUGAUUCGCAGGAAUACAUGCGAAUUUUCACCGCGCUUUGCACCCCGGGACUUCUUACCGGAAAGACUCCCACUCUCAUCCUUACCAAUCUCUGCAGGAUCAAUGCUUGGACUGAACCUGAGCACCGGGUCGACGGGGUUGAUGGAGCCUUGGGAAUUGCGAUGUCAAAGAUAGAAAGCAUGCGGGAUGCGGAGGAGCCGGAGGAUGACGAAUACGCCGAAAUCAUCACCCACUUUAUCACCUUGUGGGCAAAGUGGCUGCAAAAGAUCUUUGCAGAGGUCUUGGCGGAAAACAAGAAACUCACGCCCAUCAUAGCCAUGUGCAAGACGGGCUAG